UUAAAAGUUCCCCUUCUAUUGUUCUUUUCAUAUUCUCUUGCCCAAAUAUAAACAAGGAUAUAUACAUACAUAUAUGCUGUAUGCACAGACGGAAUCCCAAUUUGGAGUUCUUUGAAUCUGCUAUUCUACGCAAUUAAUUGCUUCGUCGGCAAACUACGUCAAGAAGUUUGAAUUGAUCUCCGAUUAAACCAAAAUUCAUGAAUUUCCGGUGAGAUCUGUUAAUGCUGGGAGGCAGAAUUCAGAACCAAUUUGGAAAAAAAAUUGCAAUUCAAGGGUGAAUUCGUGGUGGGUUUCUCGCGAAUUUGUGUAGAAUUGAAAGGGGUUUUGUAAUUAUAGUCGAUGCAUGAAAAAUGGAAGGGAGCGUAAGAUCAGGUGGAGGAGUAUUGAAGAAGAAAAGUUCGUCGGGUUGUUUGAUUAUCAAAAAGAAAGUUGGGAUUAAUAAUCCAGGUGGGAUUAAUAAUCCAGGUAGAUUAGUUGAAAGUAGUUCGAGUGAUGAGGAUGAGUCAUUGGAGUUCAUGAGAAGGAGAGUGAAAGACAAGAGACUGAGUAGUAGUAAUGGCUCAAUUGGGGUUAGUGGUGAGAGGAAGAGGAGUAGGUUCGAUUUGUUCGAGUUUGACGAGUACGACGAGUUCGAUGGGAAAAAGAUGAGGAGUGAGUAUUCGGAGGAUAGGUACAAGAGGGUUGACAGUAAUGGGAGUGGGAAAGCGAAGGACGUUCGUGUUGGUUCGUCGGAUAGGGAUUUUGGUGUCGACAAGCGUAAACAUAAGCACAAACAAAAGGAUAAACAGAAGCAAGGUUCCUAUUUGGAUGGUUCUAGUAGUGGAAGGAGUAAGGGUUUAGUAGAGGAGGACGAGUCGAUCAGGUUGCAGGGGAAAAACGGGGUGCUGAAAGUUAAGGUGAAUAAGAAGAAUUAUGAUGUUGUUAAGAAGGAUUUGUUGGCACCAUCGCCGAUUUACCCAAAGACACCUAGAAAUCGAGGUUUGUUUGUUGACAAGGAGAAAAGCGUUGAUAAGGAGGAAAAAGAGAAGACGAAGCUGGAAACCGUGAAACCGUUGUUGAGUAAAGGCAAGAAGGCUAGAGAUUCAGAAGUUGAGACCGAUACUGAGUUGAAGCUGACACAGCCAAGGAAAGGGAUGAAGAAGGAGGAAGAGGGAUCUUUCGCUCGUGAAAAUUCGACUCCUUGUGAGGGCAAAGAAGGGAAAGUUAAACGUGGUGGAACUACUGAGAAGCAAAUGUUACGGGAGAAGAUAAGAACAAUGUUGGUUGAUGCGGGGUGGACUAUAGAUUAUAGACCGAGACGGAACAGAGACUACCAAGAUUCUGUGUACAUUAACCCCCGUGGAACAGCGUACUGGUCGAUUACCAAGGCUUAUGAUGCAUUCAAGAAACAGUUAGGGGAAGAUAACGGUGAAAGUAAAGUCGAUGUUGCCUUUCCUUCAUUCGCACCUAUAUCCGAAAAUCUGAUUAACAAACUCACCCGACAAACCAAAAAGAAACUCGAGGAAGAAAUGAAACGGAAGAGAAAACAUGGGACGACCAAGGUUGGUAAGAGAUCUGCCACGAGGGAGGCUGCAGAAAGCUCAGACAGCGAUCAGAAUCAUAACCAAUCGAGUGAAAGUGACGAUUCGCCGAAAAAGAAGUCCAAGAAAAUCGGAGUUGAAAAUACUUCUACCGUUUCAAAGUCUAAUAUCUUGCAGGGAAGAACAAGUAAAGUGAUAGGGAGAUGCACCCUUUUGGUGCGUGGUUCCGAUAAAGGGGAAAACUCGGAUUCUGAUGGAUACGUUCCGUAUAGUGGGAAAAGAACGGUAUUGGCAUGGCUGAUUGACUGCGGUACAGCACAGUUGAGUGAGAAAGUGCAGUAUAUGAAUCGAAGAAGGACUAGGGCUAUGUUGGAAGGUUGGGUAACGAGGGAUGGGAUUCACUGUGGGUGUUGUAGUAAAAUCCUUUCGGUUUCGAAGUUUGAGCUGCAUGCUGGGAGCAAGUUGAGACAGCCGUUCCAGAACAUAUAUUUGGAGUCUGGAUCGAACCUUUUGCAGUGCCAGAUUGAUGCGUGGAAUAGUCAAGAUGAGGAUUUACGUAAGGAUUUUCAUUCUGUUGAUAUUGAUAGUGAUGACCCGGAUGAUGACACGUGUGGCGUUUGUGGCGAUGGAGGUGAUUUGAUCUGCUGUGAUAGUUGUCCUUCGACUUUUCAUCAGAUCUGUUUAGAAAUAAAGAUGCUUCCUUCGGGUGAUUGGAACUGCCCGAAUUGUACAUGCAAAUUUUGUGGGUAUGCCAAUGAAAAUGUUGCUGAAGAAAACGAUACAGCUGGCAGUGAACUUAACAGAUGCAGCUUCUGUGAGAAAAAAUAUCACAAAUCGUGCAGUGAGAAGGUGCAUGAUGUACCUACAAGUUCGAACGGUUCAUCUUUCUGUGGGCUGAAGUGCCAAGAGCUACAUGAUCACAUGCAGAAGAUUCUUGGAGUCAAACAUGAAUUAGAGGCAGGAUAUUCAUGGUCUCUUAUUCAAAGAACAGAUGUGUCGGACGCCUCGCACCGUGGAUUUCUUCAAAGGGUGGAAAGCAACUCUAAGCUAGCUGUUGCAUUAUCUGUUAUGGACGAGUGUUUCUUGCCCAUCAUGGAUAGGAAGAGUGGAAUAAAUAUCAUACAUAAUGUCGUCUAUAACUGCGGAUCAAACUUCAACCGGCUGAAUUAUCGUGGGUUUUAUACAGCAAUUUUGGAGCGCGGUGAUGAAAUAAUAUCUGCAGCUUCUAUCAGGCUCCAUGGAACCCGUCUAGCUGAGAUGCCAUUUAUUGCGACUCGUGAGAUAUAUAGGCGGCAAGGAAUGUGUCGGCGCCUUCUCUCUGCAAUUGAAACAGAACUUCGCUCUCUCAAGGUCGGACAAUUGAUUAUUCCAACUAUAUCAGAGCAUAUGAACACGUGGACUACGGUUUUUGGUUUCCACAAAAUCGAGGAUUUACACAAGAAAGAAAUGAAGUCCAUGAAUAUGUUGGUGUUUCCGGGCACAGAUAUGCUACACAAGGAGUUAGUGAAGCAAGAAAAUUCCGAUGUAGGUGUGAAGGUUUCUGAAUCAACUAACAAUCAGCCUCAGUUGCCUGGUUUGGUAAAUAAUUCCGAUAUUAAACCAUUGUUGGAGCAAAAGCAAAAUAGUGACGAAGAUGAUGUGUUGGAUUCUGGCCCUUCAAAUGCUAUUUGUGAAUCUGAUAAUAAUACAGCUGCAGCUAAUUCCGCUGAGGUGGAAAACGAGCUAAAAGAAGAAUCGUAUGCUAACUUGAAAUCCUUUCCCUCACCUGAUGAAUGCAAUAACAACGUCUCUGACAAGGAUAACGCAGACUCUUCAGACGAAACUCUAAAUGCAGAGAGUUCAAAAUCUGCGAAUGUUGAGGUUGAUGUGGGUCCCGCGGUGAAUGUUUCUGAAGAUGUGGGCCCCACUGAAGCUGUAAAUGACAGCUCGAUCGAAUCUUGUCAGACAACCACAGUUGUUGAUGAGGAGCCUUUGGAACAGUUAAAGCAGGAUCCGAAUUCUGAUAAACCCAGUGGAGAAGACAACGAGACCAAUCGUGUGGCUGACGGAAAAAUUAUUUUUGAAGAUGUGGGCCCCACCGAAGCCGUAAAUGACAGCUCGAUCGAAUCUUCUCAGACAACCACAGUUGUUGAUGAGGAGAAGCAUUUGGAACAGUCAAAGCAUGAUCCAAAUUCUGAUAAACCCAGUGGAGAAGAAAACGAGACCGAUCAUGUGGUUGACGGAAAAGUUGUUUCUGAAGAUGUCGGCCCCACCGAAGCCGUAAAUGGCAGAUCGAUCGAAUCUUCUCAGACAACCACAGUUGUUGAUGAGGAGGAGCUUCUGGAACAGUUAAAGCAGGAUCCAAAUUCUGAUAAACCCAGUGGAGAAAAAGAAAACGAGACCGAUCGUGCGGUUGACGGAAAAGUUGCUUCGCCCGUUUCUUCUUGUGAAGCUUUGAUUGAGAAUACUACAGCCACUACUGAGACAUAAUAUACUGUGAUCAAUUAAAUGGUUUUUGUUUGUUUUUGCAUAAAUUGUUCAGAAUUUGGCUGCGAUUGUUGUUAGUUCUUGGAAUCAGUUUACCAGAAAGUGGGUGAAUCAGUAUUAUACUAUUAUAUACUUUGUAUAUAUCUAUAUCAUAUUUUGGAAUCCAUGAUUUUCACCCAAUAUUAAGGUUUUUUCUUUU